CCAUCUCUACCUGCAUCUUCUUCACCUUGGCUUCUUCGCAAGGCGCAGCUCUCGCUGCCGUCGCCCGGCCGCGCCCGUUUCGCUUCUGGGUUUUCCGGUCGCCUCCCAAGGAAAGAACGGUGGAGCGCGCGCGCGAUCUUGAAAGUCCGCCGUGCCGUCGCGUCGCUCGGUGCGAUUCCGGAUCCGCGCGCGCGGCGUCCCGAUGAUUGCGGCUCGCCGGAAGCUCGAGAACCCCGCCAGGGACGCCAUCUCCGGAGUCCAGUUCGCUCCCCGGUCCAACAACCUCCUCGUCUCUUCUUGGGACUCCUGCCUCAGGUUGUUCGACGUGGAUGGUUCCGAGCUCAGAUUAGAAGCUCCCUCCGAAGCCGCCCUUCUCGGUUGUUGCUUCCAGGACGAAUCUGUCGCUUUUAGCGUUGGCUCUGAUGGUUCUGUGAUAAGGUACAAUUUGCACUCUGGAGCUCAGGACACAAUUGGAAGUCAUGCUGAUAUAGCAACCUGCAUUGAAUGCUCUGAUCAAACUUGUCAAGUGAUUACAGCUGGCUUAGACAAAAAAGUAAUUUGUUGGGACGUGCGCAUGGAUAAAGUUAUCUCACAUUCAAUUAAUGUAAAUGGAGAGGUGGAGUCCAUCUCACUCUCUGGGUGUAAUCUAAUGGUUGCAAUUGGAAAUUCAGCAUAUGGGUAUGAUUUGCGCAAUUUAAAAAGACCACUUCAAUUGAAAGAAUCACCAGUUGAUGCUCGUAUAAGAUGCAUAAGCUCGAGUGUUUUUUUCAAAGGAUUCGCUGUUGGAUCAGUCGAUGGACGUGUAGCUGUUGAGAUUUCUUCGUCAUCCAAUUCAAAUGACAGCAGCUACACAUUCCGGUGCCAUCCGAAGGCAAAGAAUGGAAGAAAUCACUUGGUAUCCGUGAAUGACAUUGUAUUCAAUCCGCUGGGCUUGGGUUCUUUUGUGACUGGUGAUGAUGAAGGGUAUGUUGCUUUAUGGGAUGCUCACAAUAGGAGAAGACUAUUCGAGCUACCCAGAUUCGGAAAUAGCGUGGCGUCUUUGUCCUAUAACCACGGGGCUCGUCUCUUGGCAGUUGCGUCAAGCUACACAUACCAAGAAGCUAAUGAAUUCAGAGAGGAACUUCCUGAAAUACAUAUAUUCGAAACGAACGAGCUUCGCCCCGGAUCAGCUGCUGCCGGUAGUUCAGGCACCAAAAUGCAGUCAAUUUGAUACCAGAAAUGGAGGUCAUGAGAAUUAUCUACGAAACGUUCGCUGUCGGCUGCUUGGAUAAGCAGUAAUCUUUUGCUUCUGUUUUCGUUGUACCCUCUUCACAUGUUGUACCGUUGUAUCAUUACUGUUCUUCCGGAGCAUCAAUUGAUGCACCCCGCUAAUGAUCGCCAUGUACCUCGCGUUUUUGUUGUUCCUUGUCUGGCCAGUGCAACCUAUAAUU